AGUCGAUCGUUAAAUGGCAGUUGGACAGGGAACGACAGCGGUACUUCACAUUCCCGAACGAGACGACUCUAGCGGCGCACGAAAAGUGGGACACGUCGGUCAAAUAUUACCAGACGAUGUAUCCAGAUCGAAUAUCCUCGCGCGGCUUAAUAUAAGUUUAUUACAUACGCGAGUGCAUCUCGCGCAGCCAGCAGCUCUAAUGUCAUCAUCGAGCGAGACGACGAAUAUUACUCGAAACUUUCCGCCACCCGCAAACUUCGAAAUGGAAUUACAAGUCGGCGCGGAGAUAAAAACUUGGAAACGAUGCAGCGGGCGCGGGCUCUUGCAUAUUCUAUACGAGAUCGUCCCUAGCGACAACAAAAGUACGGGCCAAGUGCUCGUCUGUUUACCCGGAUUCGGCAUCGCUCGCGUGUGCAGUAGAAAGUGCGGCUUCCGGUGUCCCUAUUUUUAUUUGAGGACUGAGAUUUCCUAGUCUUCAACAAAGUCGCUUUUCUUUGCAGUAAGAACGAUUUUAAAAUAUAAAUAACCGGCGAUAUUAUUCAAAGCGCUACGUAAAACACGUAGAAAGUAUGUAUGUAGAUUGGAUA